GGCUGCGCCGGACUUCACUGCGCAGACACCAAGGCCACCUGAACCUCAGUUUCCAACAGCAUCGCACAACAGUUGCCGACGUCAGCCAAAACGCGCCAUCUACGAAAUCCACGAGAGUCGAAAUCGUGCAGGGCCGAAAGCGCUGCCAGCCACGCUCGCCAGAACCUGCACGCAAACAAGCACAAAAUUCUAUACUGAUGAAGCUGGACUGCGACUUCUCCACCGGCCUCCGUCUUCCUUGAAGGAUGACGAUGGCCACGGCCGCGCAGCUCCCGUCUGUGGUGGCUGUCACAGGCCGGUUGCAGGCCCUCCUGGAGCACGCGCGGAGCCUGAAGCCAGAAGUAAGCGUUGAACCUCCGUUACCCACCCGUGAGAUUCGGAACGCAGCAGAUGGACUCCAGGACGACUUUGAAGAAGAUCACGAGCAAGCUUACAGAAAUACCACUGUUGAAAUGGCGGCGCGCGAAAUCUUCUACGCUUUAAUCAGCUCUACGGACAUUGACGCUCCCGCUUUUGUGGAAGUAUGGAACCUCCUCGACAUAUUAUUACUAUGUGGAGACCUCGGAAGGUGCACGCCGGAGCUUGUGUGUUGGCUCAUCGAAGAGCUCCUGGACAGCCAAACCACUCGCGGAUGCAGGACUGUCUUUGACUACCUCGAGUCGCGCCGCGAAAGGCUUGCGCAAAAAGACUUUCACAAGAAAAACCUCGUCUUCUUGCGAGCAUGCAACGAGCUCUUACGCCGGCUCAGCAGGGCCGAGGAUGCCAUAUUCUGUGGCCGGGUCUUCUUUUUCCUGUUUCAGACAUUCCCCCUCGGCGACAAGAGCUCCGUCAAUCUUCGCGGCGAAUUUCAUGUGGAGAACACAACCAAGUUCGAGGUUCAAGAUGAUGCCACCAAGCAAAAUGGAGAUCAGAUGGAGGUGGAUGUGAAGACGGCCAAAACUGAGCCUGAUACCCCGAAAGCUGCUACGCCUCAGCCUCCAACCAAACCUGGCGGCAAAGCGAUCCCAGCCAAAGCGGCUCCCAAGAAGGCGAAGGAGGAAGUGCUUUCUAAUAACGAGCUCUACCCGAUGUUUUGGCGACUGCAACAAGACUUCUCCGACCCCACCAGACUCUUCACAGACGUCAAUUUCCAAGCGUUCCAAAGGGCCCUCGGCAGCACGAUCGCGAAGUUCAAGAGCACAUCGACAGUGGUGCAGACCAAGGCCACAGAGGAUGGCAAACGAGGGACGAAGCGCAAAUUGGGAGAGCACAGCGACAUGGGCGUCGAAAGCAACGGUGAUAGCGACCACUUCGUGGACAACUACAACCCCAAGUACUUGACCAGCCGCGACCUUUUCGAUCUAGAGCUGAGCGAUCUCGCAUUCCAGCGACACAUCCUGGUGCAAGCGCUCAUCUUGAUUGACUUUCUCGUCUCUCUGACGGAGAGAGCGAAGAAGACGCUGGCGACUUUGAACCCCACAAACAAAGCUAUGCUCCACAGCUUCACUCUCAAUGAGGAGGACACGAAGUGGGCCACCGCCACUCGAUCAACCAUCACGAGUUACUUGUCCUCGACGCAGGAAGGGAGGCUUUUCAAUCGCAUGGUCGAGACAGUAUUGGCGCGUGAUAAGAAUUGGGUGCGAUGGAAGAUCGAAAGCUGUCCAUCCAUCGUCCGCGAUGCCAUCUCUGCCGAGGCCGAACUGGAGGCUCGCAAGGGAGCGCAAGAAGCGACGAAGAUCCGGCGCGUGCCCGAGAAGCCAGUCGGUGCGAUGGACUUGUUUUUCUUAGAGGAAGGAAGCGGUGGCGGUUUGGAGACGCUGAAAGAUCCCGCGCGAUAUACGAUCCCGACUAUCGAAGAGCUCAUCGACGGCAUCAAGAACGACGAAUUAGAUCUAGACAUGGCGAUGGAUGACGAUGAGAAAGCCAUGCUGGAGAAUGCAAUGGCGAAUAAGCGAUGGCGAAUUCUGCGGCAAGCGAGAGCGGGUCGAUUGGGGCUGUUGGACCGCGUUGAGCCUGGGAAGGAUCUGGAUGCGGUGUUUCGGCCUGUGAAGGAGGACACUCCGAAGGAGGAGGCUACGGAUGAAGCCGAGGUGGUUUUGAAUACGGAUUCGAAUGAUGGCAUCGAGACUGCCGAUGGAAUUAUUGCUACGGAGGCAGAGGCCGCAGAAGGCAUUGUUGCGGAGGAAGUCGAGGCCGCUGAAGACAGUGCCGAGGCGAAUGUCGAGGAGACACCGGCUGAGAGUGAAGGGAACGGCGAGGCAGACUCGUCAAUGGCAAUAGAGGAGACCUCACAACCAGGCACUGCGACGGAGACGGCGGUGGAUCCAUCAGAGGCUCUGUCAGAGGUUGCUGAUGAAGGCACUGCAGUGCAGUAGAGUCGCACCAGACCUUCCGCUACCGAAGUUGAAUCUCGACCAUUCCUUCUGAUAUUAAUUAACACACACCCCAGGUCGAGCUACAAAUUGCCAUUUGCAAGCCCGUGUGGGCUACCAUGUUCAAUCGACCUUGCACGCUACACUUCGAACAUUCAUUG